GCAGAGUCCGCGUGGCAGUGGUGAGUGUUCGCAGCGAAAACAGCAUCUGCCAUUUUGCAAAAGGUGUUUUAAAAACACUAUUUUUAAUCGUGCAUGUUGUGUUCGGGACAACAAAGCCAACCCAGCAGCGCCCUCGGCACCCAACAAAUGUUUAAAUGGACGCAUCGUCCAUCAUCACCCAGGUGUCAAGGGACGACGAGCAGUUAAACAGUUACCCUCCCGAAAAAGGAACCCUCCCGAGGACCGAGAAUGACAUAUCAGAGGAGAAGCCGCCCCCGAACAAGAAGGGCGGCCGCGGCUUCUUGCGCUCGCUGUUUUGUUGCCUGGGGCGGCGCAGCGCCAAGAAGCCGCCGCCGGAGCAGUGCGUCGACGGCAACCAGUACAACGCCGGCAGCAGCUGCACGUACUUGCUGCCCCCGGUGCGCCACCAGGACAUGCACAAGAAGUGCAUGGUGAUAGACUUGGACGAGACGCUGGUUCACAGCAGCUUCAAGCCUAUCAGCAACGCUGACUUCGUGGUGCCCGUCGAGAUCGACGGAACCGUCCACCAGGUCUACGUCCUGAAGAGGCCGCACGUGGACGACUUCCUCCGUCGCAUGGGUGAACUGUACGAGUGCGUCCUAUUCACCGCAUCGUUAGCGAAAUACGCCGAUCCCGUAGCCGACUUGUUAGAUCAAUGGGGUGUUUUUCGUUCGCGUUUGUUCAGGGAAAGUUGCGUUUUCUACCGUGGGAAUUACGUAAAAGAUUUAAACAAACUAGGACGGGAACUGCAACAAAUCGUUAUCGUAGAUAAUUCGCCUGCUUCCUACAUAUUCCAUCCAGACAACGCUGUGCCAGUGGCGUCGUGGUUCGACGACAUGAGCGACUCGGAGCUUCUGGAUUUGAUACCGUUCUUCGAAAAAUUGAGCAAAAUGGACAAUGUGUAUACAGUGCUGUGUAAUUCCAAUCAUCCGUAUAACAGUAGUGUGCAAGCCAACGGUCCGACAAACCUAACCGCCAGUAUACAGAAUAACCACUCACCGCCCAAUACGUAGCGAAAAGUUCCUCGUCGAGUCAGAAUUGUUGCCAGGGUCGUAGUCUACUUUAUACAUGUUUUUUAUUUCGGAGAGUUCGCUUUUCUGUCGACCUGGUGAUGUAUUUAUUACAUUACGAAUAUGGAUAAGUGUAAAUAUGUAGGUAAAAUAGUACAUAUUUUUAUUAUGUAAAGAAAACAGAAAGUAUUCUAUCCCGCUUAAGAAAAGUUACCGAAGUUAUAUUGAGAAAACUGGUAUUUUUACACGGACUUAUAUUUCCUACCAGCUUGCUUUCAUCCAUGGCCGCGCAAACUCGGAACCAGUGAAACUAGGAAGGUUUGCGCGUCCACUCGAACGGAGAGAGAUUUAGAGAUAGUAGAACCACAGUAAUCUGCAUUUCCUUGGAAAUUUGAAUACUCAAGCAUUUUAUUUUUAUUUAUCGACGGCGAUUGUGUUAGACGAAAUUUAGAUAUAGGCGAGUGUGUUUCGUACUUGAGUAAAAGCGAUCGAUGUGACUAAACAAUCAAUCAUAUCUCGUCAGAGGUGAUGUUAUUUGUGGGAACAAGAGUUCCAAUGUUAACAGUGGCCUUAAACAAAUAUCUGAACUUUUUGAACAUUUAAUUAUGAGAAAUUUACUGUAGAUACGGCAAUUUGUUCCGUCACUUCUACAGGAAAACUCGGAAACGGUGACGUUAAAUUCACAUUGCCUUUCAAUGCAUCACUGUAAACAGAACUGUCAACGUGGCGAUUGUAUCGGUUCAUCUAAUCUGUUGAGUACAAACGAUUUUAUUUUAAAUCUUAUAGAUUCUUUUAUAAGUUUUAAAGUAAAGUUACGACGAUUAAGUUAUGUUUUUUUGAUUUAAAAUCAUUGUACAGUCAUAUAUGUUAUUUAGUAAUAUAUUCUUACGAUUAAGAUUUUAUUAAUAUAUUAUAAAUGUAUAUUUAUCCAUUAUUUGUGUAUUGUGUGAAUUUUAUUUUCAAAUAAGCAAUAUUUUAUAUGCCUCCUCACAUUUAUUUCACACUUUUUUUCCUAGUUAACGGACCCUUUGUUAGGUUAGGUUUCAUCGGACCAACGUGAUUAACCGGGUUUGGUUUUUAUAGAGAAGCAAUAGUACAAUGUGGGGCGAAGCGUGGAGUAUUUAGCUAAUUAACAUUAUUUUUUACAAAAUAAUCUAAUUUUGUUGUUGUAGAGAAUUAUAAUUACUGUUUAUGUUGAUAUAUAGUAUACUUGUACAUUAAACACUUGUACAAAAUGAGUGUUUUCAUAUAUUUGUCAUGUGAAUACAUAUGCCUUGAUUUGUAAAUAAAAGCCUGUCAUUUAUACCCAAA